CACCCUUUCGGUUUCAUUCCAAGGCACGAGCACUCUUCUCCUCUGCGGUUCCUUCAGUGCCAGAGCCCAGUAAAUCAAGCACGAUGGCAGCCAUGGCCACCUUCACAUCUUCCCUCUCCUCCAAGCUCCCCACCAUCCAAGACCACUCUUCUUCCUUCCACGGGAUUCCCUUCCCCUCUUCUUCUUCUUCCUCAGUUCGCCUCCUCCCAGUGAAGGCCACGCCCUCCCACCUCUCCAUCUCUGCCUCCGGCGCCUCCCCUAAGUACGACAUCAACUCCUUCACCUUCGACCCCAUCAAGGAAUCCAUCGUUUCCAGGGAGAUGACCCGCCGGUACAUGAUGGACAUGAUCACCUACGCCGACACCGACGUCGUCGUCGUCGGUGCCGGGUCGGCGGGCCUGUCAUGCGCCUACGAGCUCUCCAAGAACCCCAACGUGCGGGUGGCCAUCGUGGAGCAGUCGGUGAGCCCUGGCGGCGGUGCCUGGCUCGGAGGCCAGCUCUUCUCCGCCAUGGUCGUCCGCAAGCCUGCCCACCUCUUCCUGGACGAGCUCGGCGUGCCGUACGACGAGCAGGACAACUACGUGGUGAUCAAGCACGCGGCGCUGUUCACGUCGACCAUCAUGAGCAAGCUGCUGGCGCGGCCGAACGUGAAGCUCUUCAACGCCGUUGCGGCGGAGGACCUGAUCGUGAAGGGAGGGCGGGUCGCCGGCGUGGUGACCAACUGGGCGCUGGUGUCCAUGAACCACGACACACAGUCGUGCAUGGACCCCAACGUCAUGGAGGCGAAGGUGGUGGUGAGCUCCUGCGGCCACGACGGGCCCUUCGGCGCCACCGGCGUCAAGAGGCUCAAGGACAUCAAGAUGAUCGACGAGGUGCCGGGGAUGAAGGCCCUCGACAUGAACGCUGCCGAGGAUGCCAUCGUCAGGCUUACCAGGGAGGUUGUCCCCGGUAUGAUUGUUACCGGCAUGGAGGUUGCCGAGAUCGAUGGUGCUCCUAGAAUGGGACCAACAUUCGGAGCGAUGAUGAUAUCAGGUCAGAAGGCAGCCCACUUGGCUCUCAAGGCCUUGGGAAUGGCCAACGCCAUUGACGGCACCUAUGCCCUCGGCAGCGUCCAUCCAGAGCUCGUUCUUGCAUCAGCCGAGCCAACAGACACCGCCUCUGCCUAAAAACAAAAGCAGAACCAAGAGCAGAGAUGACGUUUGGAUUUGAAGGAGCAGACUAUGGUUCUGGGGCUUGUGUAUGUCUUUGUUAUGUAGAGACAGAGAGAGAGAAAGAGAGAGAGAGUGGAGAGGAUAAGUUUUUUACAUUUGGAUUUCCUCUUUCUGCUUUUUUUCUGCUUUUCUUCGUCUUGUUGUUUACCUUUUCUCCUGAUGGCUGUAAUAAAUAAAUGAGUGGUGGAGAGUAGAAAUUUGCUUU